AUGCGAUUCUCUUCGAUCUUUGUCGCCGCGCUCCCCAUCCUCGGCUCGGUCUUUGCUGCCCCCCUCAACACUGAGGCCAAAAAGGACCUUGCUGCUGCUCCUGCCGAGCUUGUCCAGCGUGACAGCUCUUUGCUCGACAUUCUUGGCGAGCUCAAGGCCGACAUCGAAGCCGCUGGUUCUCUCUCCGGUGUGACCGCCGAGGUCGACAUCACCGCGACUGUCCAGGUCGCCGUCGACGCUCUCAUCAAGGCUGGAUCCGCCCUCGGAGCCGACCUUUCCUUGGGUGUGGACGCCGAAGUGAGUGUCUCCAUUGCCGGUCUCAAGCGAGAGAUUGAGGAGCGAGCUAUCGACAAGACUGUCGUUGCCCAGGUUUUGGUUGACAUUAUCGCUACUAUCAACGUAAACAUCCUUACCCCUGCUAAGCCCUACCUCUCUUCCUGCACUUGCCAGGAGUCCACCUCCCUCAUCAAGGAGCUCGACACCCUCUUGACCGGUCUUCUCUCUUGCGUCGACUCUCUCCUUGGCGGCAUCUUGAUCCUCGUCAAGGGCUUGCUUAUCAAGACUCUUGGUUUGGUCUCCACUUUGCUCGGUGGCCUCACCGGUCUCUUGGGUGACGUCCUUUCCGUCCUUGGCCUCUAA